AUGGUGCUGUUCCACGGCGGGUCCUGGAUGGUUGGCUCCCCUUCACAGUUCUACAAACAUGCCCAGUCCAUCGCCAAAGACCUCGGAGUGGCCGUCGCCUGCUGCGAAUACCGCCUCUGGCUGACCCACCCUCGAGCCGAUGUGCCCUUUGACGCCGUCGAGGAUGCGCAGCGCUGCGUGCGGUAUUUACACCAGGAGGCCGAUGGCCUGGGCCUGGACAAGACGAGGCUUGUGGUUGGUGGCCUGAGUGCUGGUGGCCAUCUCGCUGCCAUGACAGCACUGGAAACUGGCACGGAAAUCGGCCUUGCAGGGCUGGUGCUACUGAACCCUGUCCUGGACCUGGGUUUCUCAGCAGGAUUUCGCAGGAAGAGCCCGCUCAUUUGGCUUGGCUCUACAGUCCUUCGUGCUCGUUAUGGCGAGGAGGCUCUUUUUGCCAAGUCGCCACUUCACCAGGUUCGCAGCCUGCCCUUUCCCACCUUGAUCUUGCACGGCGAGGAGGAUGAUGUGAUUCCUCUGGCGCAGUCGGAGGCAUUUGUCAACGAGAUGCAGCGGUGCUGCGCUCAGCAUCACAGCCUUCAUGCGAUGCAGCACGUUGCGGACUGGUGCAAAGGUGGCAGAACGUGGCUUUCCCGCAGGAUGGCUCGCGCAAAAGAGGGUGCAGGUGAGCAGGUGGCCGUCGCAUCCGAGGCCACCUACUCACUCUCGGCAGAGAGCAUUGGCAGCGUCGUCAAAGUCGAGGGUCGAACAGUCCACUGGUUUCAGAAGGGAGAUGGGUUCGUGCAGACGAGCCAGCCCGUGACUGUCACCCCGCUAGGCCAGCUGUUCGAGGUCGAAAUUAUCAAGGCGGUGAACCUGGGCCGGAAGCUUGAAUGUGAGCUGGGCUUCUGCAUAGGUUUCUGUUCCAAACCACCUCGUGCGAGCGAGAAGGCGAAACCAGAGAAGCAGGACUGUUGGAUUGCUGGUGGCGACGCAUCAUUCUAUUUGAAAGGGGCACAGCGGCGUGUUGGCAAAACCUCGGCGGAUGGGCAGCCAAGGUAUCUACAUAUCGCCAGUGACCUUCGCGCAAAGGACAAAGUGGCCAUCCUGGCAGAAUGGUCCGGGAAGUUGUCGCUCUUUGUGAAUGGCGAGCAGGUGGGUUGCUACGGCAACGCCAUCGACCACUCUGAGGUGGUGCUGCCGCUGUACGGAGUUGCAGACAUCUUUGUGCGCGAGGCCAGUGAGGAAUACACGGUACGCUCGAUCGGUCUGAUCAGCGAGGAGGACAGUGAAGGUUGCUGGCCUGUUCAGAAAGAGCAUAAAGAACAAAUGGAGCGCGUUGCGCUCGAGCUGACGGGAAUUCAUCAGCUGUUGCACGGGGAGGCUGCAAUUGCCACCACGAUUGGGCCCUCCUGUGACCUGUAUGCUUGUGGUCGAAUACUUCUGAGCCUUUUCCGCGGUGGACUGGAGCUGCUGCCAUCAGUGAAUCUUGACAGGUUUGCCUUGGCCUACGCCAAUUGGGCGCAAGCCGGGUGUCCACCAACUGAGAAGCGCUACGGCCUCCUCUGGGCACUCAAGGAGCUCAAGAGCGAGAAAACGGAACGCAGCGAGGAGCUGGCCGAAGUGGAAAAGGGAGAGGUGAAGCUGGUCCUGUCUCGCUGCUUAAAACGAUCCAGGUACUCUCGUCUUGGCAGUUGCUGGGAAGCCGCAGAGAUGUUGGCUUCUGCCUCGUCUUGGCUGAGUAUGUCGGAUGACUUCGUGAACUCCCAUCUGGAUGCUGUUCGGCAGGCAAAACGAGCUAGUCUGCUGGAUUCCCACUACACUCUGGCACAAGAGCUCUACGAGCAGGAGCGAAGACACUUGUCAAGCUCAGCGCUCCUACGGGCCGACCAGGCUGUCCAGCGGGCGGCACAGUGCCGGGCAGAAGGUCCUUCGAUCUCUUCUCGGUGGAACUUGCAACCGUACGUCCUCGGUCCUGCACACAUCCAGCGAAUCCUCCAGGCUGCGAGAGCAACUCUUUCUGUGUCGAAGGCAUGCGGCAUCAUUGAUAGGGGAAGAAUGUUGCUGGAUGUUGCUGGAUGUAGUUGUCCACCAGUCUGGAACGGCUGA